AUGUCCAACACUGCAGCGUCUGCUGUCGCUUCUAGAAGCGGCGACGAGCCGUCGCUCACUGCGUCGUCUAUCGUCGCCAAAGUCGUUGGGUCGCACAUCCUCCGCAUCGACGGCUACUCCUACACCAAGGAGCUCGGCACAUCCAUCACGUCCGAGAUGUUUACCGUCGGGGGGCAUCGUUGGUGUCUGAGAUACUACCCUGACGGUAACGGCAAAAACUACUCAGACUGGAUAUCCGUCUUCCUUCGUCUUGAUCACACUAAUGUUAAUGAGGUCAAAGCCAAAUUCAGAAUUAGCUUGCUCGACCAGGACGGUAAUCCCGUGCCGUCUUACAGCCGUCAGAGCGGGACGUGCACCUUCUCCUUGAAACAAGGGGCUAAUAAUGCUGAGUGGGGCUGCUUUGAUUUCAUCAAGAGGAGCAAUCUGGAGGGGUCGGUUUACCUGAAUGACGAUGUUUUCAGUGUCAGGUGCGAUGUCACCGUGGUAAACACCAAGGCCAUCCCUGUCCCCGCAGUUCGCCGUAGCGUUUGA